CCAAUCAGAACAGCGUUUCUGGUUUUUCCCUUGAAUAACAGUGUCUGGUUUGAAUGUACUAUACUGAGUACGAAUGUAAUACGUUUUUAAAACUUGAGAUAUAGUGACUGUGAUAAUUACUCCUGCGACACGUCGUUAAAUAUGAGGGCAAAUCCAUGAUUAGAAAUAUGCAGAGCGUUCCCAGAGCUGAACUUUUUGUAAAUUUACCCGUGUGUCACAAGCCGUAACGUAUUCCUCGUGGAGGUGGCAGCAGCGGACAUUAAUUUGUCCUAUACCAGCGCUCAGUCACUGCAUUUUCCACUCUCGCUGUGGUGAAUGUCGGCGGAGUCGCUGUGAAGCAAGAGUUGAGUGGCGGAAACGCGCGGCAGCAGUGCACGCGCUCGCUCGCCAUCUUUGGCGGGGCAGGCGGCGCGCUCGCGCCACGGCAUUUCCCUGUUUUUUUUUUUUUAUUCGGCCCGUACUGUACAGAGAUGACAGCCACUCUGCGCCCAUAUCUGAACGCUGUCCGUGCCACCCUGCAGGCUGCCCUAUGUCUGGAGAACUUCUCCUCCCAGGUGGUGGAGAGACACAACAAGCCUGAAGUUGAGGUCCGGAGCAGUAAAGAGUUGUUGCUCCAGCCAGUUAUCAUCAGCCGCAAUGAAAAGGAGAAAGUGCUCGUUGAGGGAUCUAUCAACUCUGUACGUGUCAGCAUUGCUGUCAAACAGGCUGAUGAGAUUGAGAAGAUCCUGUGCCACAAGUUCAUGCGGUUCAUGAUGAUGAGAGCUGAGAACUUUUUCAUCUUGCGAAGGAAACCAGUGGAGGGCUACGAUAUUAGUUUCCUCAUCACAAACUUCCACACAGAGCAGAUGUACAAGCACAAGCUGGUCGAUUUUGUGAUCCACUUCAUGGAGGAGAUUGACAAGGAGAUCAGUGAGAUGAAACUGGCUGUCAACGCUCGUGCCCGCAUUGUCGCUGAAGAGUUUCUCAAGAAUGUUUAUCUGACAUCUCUUUGCAUCCAUGGAUUUUUGAUCCUACAGUUCUGAAGAAAUACCCCAUUUUUCCUGCUAAAUGAUGUGGCCAUCACCAUUAUUUUCUGGAAGGCUGCAGUGCUGAAGAUUCAAUGCAAACUCAUGAGGAACAUAUGACAGCCAGUUAACAAAGAAAUACAGGUGGAGGAAACCAAUCAGUCAUAUGAAUGCAGUUCUUGUGGCUUCUUUGUAUUUCUUAUGAAUACUGAUGUCUGUCCUCAGCCUCAUUCUCUGCCUCGGAAUGAAAUUGAAGGACUGGUCCUUAUAGUCAGAUCUAAUAUUUAGGGAAAUGGCGAGUAAUUUCUUCCAGUAUAUGCAAAGUGCCCAUAUGCAUAGAUGGAUUUUUUUUUUGGACCACUGUGACUGUACUUACUGAUAUUUUUGACACAAACCUCAACCUGUUCAUUCUGAACUGCCCAUAGAAGUGUAUCUAUAUAUUGAUGACACCUUAUGAGGGGUGAAGAUAAAUAUUAAUGAUUAAAAAAAGCCUGUCUGCACUUUUUUUUUUUACCCUCUGGCCAUUUAUUGCUUUAUUACUGACUAUAGUGAGGGGUUUUGUAUGUAUACCCGGUACAUGCUGGCAAAACCUAACCGAGUACUUAUCUUCAAAGUAACAGCAGUUAUGUUUCUUGCGUAUGGCUUUCAGGAGUGUAAUGGUGAGACUGGCUAUGAUUUUAUUCAUGCUGUUUUUUCCAUAUAUAAUGGAUCACUUCCUGUCUAGGGACUGAAGCGUAUGAACUUCAUUAAUAAAGGGGACUGGAUUUAGAGACAGAUUUUGACUUUGGUUAAUUUGCCAGACAACUACUUGACUUUGUGCAUAGCUGUCAAAGUGUGUGUAGUUUAUGUUCUGAAGCUAACCAAAACACACAUGUCCUCGAUAUUGCAUAAUUUUCUUUUAGGUGAAGUUGCUUUUUAUUACAGUAAAUGACAGAAUGGCCUUUUGCAGUGCUGUUUGAUGAAUUAACAAAUUAAUUUAUUAAAUUUGUCAUACGUAAAUUAGAGCUAGCUGUAGAUGCAACCACUAUUGUGGAUUAUUUUUUUCCACGGGAUCUCCAGUGCAUGCUGGGAUACAAUACAAGGGCUAGAAUUAGGAUUUGUCUUAUGUGGGAUGUUUCUCGGGGACAACUGUUUUAGGGCACUUAACAGAAAUACUGUAGGAAAUGGCUGGUGUCCUCUACAUGCAAAUUUUUAUUCAAACAGAUCCCGAGAGAUUGCAGUAUUUUACUGACAAGGAAGCCAAAGUUCAGGGUAAAGAGAGCAAACAGUUUAACAACAGGAAGCAUGAAGCUGCCUCUUCUCAUUGUAGUGCAAAGAAAUAUAGAAGUAGGGUAUGCAAAUAACCUGUCAGUCAUUCAUCUGGUGGAGAAAGGUCUUACUUCUUGUGUGGGGUUAAACUAGUUUAUCUAGUGGUGUUUGAUUUCAAAGACCUUCACCUGAAACAAGAAAUCAUAAUCGGAGAGAAUAACUGGGGCAGAAGGUAGCGUAGUGGUUAGAGCCUACUGCCUUUGGAUCCCCACGUCUGCCUGUAAUAGCCUUGAGCA